AUGCCCAAAAGCAAAAUUGCCAUUAUAUGCAGUGGAUGGGGUGGCUUCACGCUCGCACACGAGCUGUCGCUCGCCAAGUACGAUGUCACUGUCAUCUCGCCCAUGAGGACCAUCCAGUACACACCGCUGCUUGCGAGUGCGGCAGCGGGCAUGAUCAAUUUCAGACUCGCCGAGGAGCCAGUCCGCCGCCGCAACCGCGCCUCAGGCUUGCACUACUACAAAGCCACCGUCGACGACAUCGACUUUGCCCGCAAGACGCUGCACUGCAGCCCCUCGGUCCCGGACGUAGCCGAUAACCACCUCUCCCACUCCCAUACCUUCACCAUGCCCUACGACAUCCUCAUCCUCGCCCCCGGCUGCACCGUGCAGACCUUCGGCACGCCCGGCGCCGUCCAGCACGCGCACUUCCUCCGCACGACCGACGACGCGCGGCAGAUCCAGCAGCGCCUGCUCGAGAUGCUCGACGCGGCGUCCACUCCCGGGCUCACACGCACCCAGCAGCGCGACAUGCUGCGCGUCGUCGUCGUCGGCGGCGGGGCCAUUGGCAACGAGGCCACGGCCGAGCUGUACGACCUGUGGCAGCACGACCUGCGGUUCUUGUAUCCGCACCUUGACACCAGCGGAGAAGGAAGCAUCGAGGUGCACGACGUGGCGCCCGUGAUCCUGGGCACGUUUGACGACCGGCUCGCCGGGUACGCCCUGCACAAGCUGCAGAGCCGCAGCGUGCACAUUGAGACGGGGAGCCAUAUUACAAAAGUGGAGGGCGGGGUCAUUUAUACCAAGGAGCACGGCGAGGACCGCCCGCUGGGGUACGGGAUGCUCAUCUGGGCAACGGGGCAUGACGGCAAGAUCAUGCCGGAUGUCUAUGCGCUGGGCGACUGCGCGGACAUCGAAGGCUACGCGCUACCUACGCUGGCCGAGGUGGCGGCAGAGUAUCUCGCGAGGCAGCUCAACGCGGCCGAAGAGGAGGAGCUGCAAGCCCCGUCCUUUGUGUACAAGCAAAAGCCCAACCUGGCGUACCUCGGCCAGCACGACGGCGUGAUCGGUGGUCGGGAGGAGUGGACAGGCCACUCUGCGUGGCUGGCCUGGCGGAGCGGCAGCAUCUUCCACUGGCCGCGGAGCUGGCGGCGGACGCUCAUGGUUGGCAUCAGCUGGCUAUUCAAUGCGGUUGGGGGCAGGGAUAUCCCGCGGCGGUGGUAA